AUCAUCAAGGACCAGAAGCUGCUCGUGAUCGUCGGGGGCAUGCUGCUCAUUGACGUCUGCAUCCUCAUCUGCUGGCAGGCUGUGGACCCCCUGAGAAGGACGGUGGAGCGGUACCGCGUGGAGCCGGACCCAGCAGGACGGGACAUCUCCAUCCGGCCUCUCCUGGAGCACUGUGAGAACACCCACAUGACCAUCUGGCUUGGCAUCGUCUACGCCUAUAAGGGGCUUCUCAUGUUGUUCGGCUGCUUCUUGGCUUGGGAGACCCGAAAUGUCAGCAUCCCCGCGCUCAACGACAGCAAGUACAUCGGGAUGAGUGUCUACAAUGUGGGCAUCAUGUGCAUCAUCGGGGCAGCCGUUUCCUUCCUGACCCGGGACCAGCCAAACGUGCAGUUCUGCAUCGUGGCCCUGGUCAUCAUCUUCUGCAGCACCAUCACCCUCUGCCUGGUGUUUGUGCCAAAGCUCAUCACUCUGAGAACAAACCCAGACGCAGCCACUCAGAACAGACGAUUCCAGUUCACUCAGAAUCAGAAGAAAGAAGAUUCUAAAACCUCCACCUCAGUCACCAGCGUGAACCAAGCAAGCACAUCCCGCCUGGAGGGCCUGCAGUCAGAAAACCAUCACCUGCGCAUGAAGAUCACAGAGCUGGACAAAGACUUGGAGGAGGUCACCAUGCAGCUGCAGGACACACCAGAAAAGACCACCUACAUUAAACAGAACCACUACCAAGAGCUCAACGACAUCCUCAGCCUGGGGAACUUCACCGAGAGCACAGGUAGGGGGUGGCGGGACCCUGGGUACGAGGGGUUUUACAGCUGAAGACGCUGAGGCUCAGAGGGGCGGUGCAGGGCAGGCCUGAAGCCCCACAGGCCGCGCUGGAGGGUCUGAAACCCAUGACUUUUGAGCACAGUUCAGGGUUUGGAGCCCCACCUGGGGACCCACCUACACACAGCGCUUCUGUCCCUCAGUCCCCCAGGCUUCAGCUCCACGUGUCCACAGCACUGCCGGUAUUCCCGGUGUUCUGACUAGGGGCACGCUGUUCUUAGUGAAUAAGGUACUCAGACUUCUCCCAGCGUUACAGUUUCAAACACACCUCAUCCAUGUACAGGAAAGGGAUAGUCUGUAAGAUGACAUGACGCUCAAUCCCACCAACCACUUGAAGAACAACAGUCCAUUUUUUGCCUACAUUUAGGCAAAAUUUUUUAAAAGGGCACCAGUGUUGCUAAGAGCAUACAGAAAUGGACAUUUUCCUGCAAUGUUCUGGAAGUUGAUCUGGUGCUCUCUAAAUGUCAGGUGUUAAGCUCAUUCACUAGUGACUCCCCUAGCAAGAGGCUGCCACUUGGAAACA